AUGGUUAAGCAGGGUGUCGUGCCCGACGAUUUGACCAGGCCCUUUUUCGAAGCCGCCAAUGAAGAGCGACUGGUUAUCCAGAAUUGCACCGCCUGUGACCGGUUGCACUUCCCGCCUCGCGCCGCAUGCGACAAGUGCGGUUCCGGUGACAACCUGGAAUGGAAGCAGUUGAGCGGCAAGGGCAAAAUCUACAACUACGGCGUGGUGUACGACUGCCCGGUCGCCUGUCUUAAAGAAGACCUGCCCUUCAAUUUGGCCGCCAUCAUGUUGGACGAGGAUCCUGGCGUGCUGAUGUAUUCCCAUCUGCCGGGUAUCGCGCCUGACGAAGUGCCGGUAGGCGGCGCCGUACAGGUGAUUUUCGAGGCAACGGCAAACGGCCAAAAAGUGCCCGAGUGGCAGGUCGUAGGCUGA